AUGUCAGAACAAUUAACUCACCCAUCAAUCAAAGAUGGCUGGUUUGCGGAAAUUUCAGAGACCAUGUGGCCAGGUCAAGCCAUGUCAUUGAAAGUUGACAAGGUCUUGCACGUUGAGAAAUCAAAAUACCAAGACGUUUUAGUUUUCAAAUCUGAAACUUAUGGAAACGUGUUGGUGUUGGACAAUUGUAUCCAAGUUACUGAACGCGAUGAGUUCUCUUAUCAAGAAAUGAUUGCUCAUUUGGCUUUAAACUCUCACCCUAACCCAAAGAAGGCAUUGGUCAUUGGAGGUGGCGAUGGUGGUGUUUUGAGAGAGAUCUUGAAGCAUGAGAGUAUUGAAGAGGCUUGGUUGUGUGAUAUUGAUGAAACCGUGAUUGAAGUAUCCAAAAAAUUCUUGCCAGAAAUGUCAAAAUCAUACCAAGAUCCAAGAACCAAGGUUCAUAUUGGAGACGGUUUCAAAUUCUUGGAGGAAUACAAGAAUCAAUUUGACGUUAUUAUCACCGAUUCAUCUGAUCCCGAGGGACCAGCUGAAACACUUUUCCAAAAGCCAUACUUUCAAUUGUUGAAAGAUGCAUUGACCGAAAAGGGUGUCAUCACCACCCAAGCUGAAAACAUGUGGAUUCAUAUGGAUAUCAUUUCCAAGUUGAAGAAAGAAUGUGGUGAAAUAUUCCCUGUUGCAGAAUAUGCCUACACCAUGAUCCCAACUUACCCAUCAGGCUCAAUUGGUUUCAUGGUUUGUUCAAAGGAUCCAAAUGCAAACGUUAAAAAGCCGGUUAGAUUCGAUUGGAGUGAUGAGUUUGUGGCAAAGAAUUUGAAAUACUACAACAAACAAAUCCAUGAAGCAUCCUUCAUUUUGCCAAACUGGGCUGAUCAAAAAUUGAACAAAAGUAGCUAA